AUGUUGAACUCCACAAGAAAUACGGCACCGUGGUACGCGGCCAGUGCACCUAUUGGAUUGGAGAGAAAGGGUUUGUUCACCGACAUCAAUAACCAACGACAUGCUGCAAAUCGAAGAAAGGUCGCUUCACUUUAUUCAAUGACAACCAUGCUGAAGUGGGAGCACUAUACCGACGAGUCCACACGGGUCCUCAUUUCGAAAUUCAAGAAACAUGCACAGUCCGCCGAGUGUAUUAACCUUCAGCUUUGGCUCCAAUAUUUCGCCUUCGAUACGAUCUCUCUCAUUACCUUAGGAAAAUCUUUUGGUUUUGUUGAGAAUGGACGAGAUGAGCAUGGGUUCUUGGACGCCAUACACAUCUACCUGGUAUAUUGCGCUAAUGUGGGUGUCUACUCGGAAUUUCAUCCCAUCCUCGGGUGGCUGGCGGCCAAGCUUCCUUCGGGCGGAAUAUCGUGGAUGGUCGGCUUUGUACAACAGCUAUGUCAGAAUCGGUUCAAGGAAGUUGGGCCGGAUAAAUUUGCGUCAGCACCAGAGAGAGACUUUUUGGGCACAAUUCUACGGAUGCAUGGACAGAAUCUAGACAAGAUUCUGCUCGAAGAUGUUACUUCACACAGUCUGACGAACAUCGGUGCCGGAUCUGAUACAACCUCAGUCUCUCUGGCCAGCAUCAUGUACCACUUGAUAACAUCCCCUGACAGCUUGAAACGGGUUCGGCAAGAAAUUGACGAGGCAGCCGAACGAGGACAACUCUCCGAACUGAUUACAUUUGCAGAGGCGCAAAAAUUGCCCUUCCUAUAG